AUGUCAAGUUUAUAUAGUUUAUCUAAACUUGAACAACUCCCAAUUGAAUUAUUGGAAUUAAUAUUUAUAUUUUCACGUAAUCCAUUAUUCACGCAAGUUUCAAAGAAAUUCAAUCAACUUUUCAAACCAACACUUAGUUUAAAGGUCCGUUGGUUAAUGAAUAUUAGUAAUGAAAAUUAUUUGAAAGCAUUAUAUAGAGGAGUUAGAUUCAAAUUUUUUGAUAAAGAAUUAUUAUUUCGUUUAGAUACAUUACAUCUACAACAAUAUUUAAAGAAUCAUAAUAUAAUAGAAACCAAAUUACCACCAACUAUCAUACCAUACACAGAACGAGCAAUUCCAUAUAGGUUUUUUUCAUCACCAGAUCCUGAAGGAAAAUUGAUAGAAUUAACAAAAAUAUUAUUAGAUAGAAAAGCAUCACCAGAUGAACCUGAUGGUUACCCAAUCAUAAAGUCUGCAGCUGCAGGUAAAGAAGAUAUGAUAAGGCUGUUGUUGGAAUAUGGUGCAAACCCAAAUAUUAAAUCAGGCACAGCUAUUACCAUAUGUGUAAAAUAUAAUAGACUCUCAAUCAUAAAACUUUUGAUUGAAAAAGGUGGAAAACCAAAGUCUAAAGAUGUCAAAGUAGCUAUUAAAGAUGGAAAUUGGUAUUUGGCUGAAUAUUUGGCAAGAAAUGGAGCAGAAAUUUCACUAGAUACAAGAAAAGCAAUAAGUGAAAGGAGAUCAGAUAUAAAAUAG